AGUGGCUGGGUGUGGUACGAGUGUAGCUAUGAAUGCGAUCUGCAGGCUCUCGCCAAGAAAAUGCACGCGAUGAUCGGUGGUCUGGCGACGGUGUUGGCCAUACUGAAUCCAAUGAUCGCACUCGCCCGACCAGCCCCAGAUUCCAGUACUCGUCCAUUCUUCAAUUGGUUGCACUGGGGGCUUGGACUGGGCGGAUGGGAUGUGCGAGUU